AUGGAGAAGUAUAGAAGAGUUCGACCGGCUAGAGAGCCUCUCGGGAGCGAUGAGAUAAGAGUAACGACGAUGGGUAGGGUAGAAGGUUAUGUUUCGUAUGCAAGUACAUUGAUAGAAGACCAAAAGAAGAGUCAAAUAACUAUCAAGGCUUCCGGUAAUGCAAUAGGUCAGGCGAUAGCUCUUGCGGAGCAGUUAAAGCGGAGGUUCAGGGGCUUGCAUCAGCUUAAUACAUGCGGCAAUACAACUGUUUCUCUGGUGUAUGAGCCGCUUGAAGAAGGCUUAGACACUCUUACACAAGAGAGGGUUGUAGCUUUCUUAGAGAUUAAACUCUCUUUCAAUCCCCUUGACUCCACGAAGCCAGGCUAUCAGCCCCCUCUUGAUGAUGAGCUCAUUGAAGAGUUCAAACAAAUUGCAGGCUCGGGAGUAUCAGGGCGUGGUAGAGGCGGCUUUAGAGGACGGAAUAGGGGGGGGCCUCCUCGGGGUUUAGGCGGUGAAGGAGGUGAAGGAGAAGAAACGUCGCAUGCUGAUUUAGAUAUGGAGGUAGAGGAGGCUUCAGAGGUGGAUACAGAGGAGGCUUCAGAGGGGCCCCAAGGGGGGCAGCUCGCGGUGGACGACAAGAGUGAGAGAUAUAAGAAGAAGACAUUAAUAAUGUUUUAG